GAAAAUGGAGAAAACAGUUAUGAUUGCGUUUCUGAUGGCAACAUCAAUGGUUUAUCAAACUCUAGCUCAAGAUGAUGAGAUCACUCCAACAUCUUCAUUUGCAUACGGACCAUCUCCAUCUUACGAAUACGACCAAGAACUCUUACACCACAUGACGGCAAAACGCAUCAAGUUUCUCCAAGAUUGUUCGCAUAAUAUGAGCUCGAAAUGCGGGGUCGAGAUGACGAAAGGAUUGAUCAACGACAAGCCUGUCUCGGAGAAAUGUUGCAUGGAGUUUUUGAAGAUCGGAAGAGAUUGUCACCAAGGGCUGAUGAACUUUGUCUUCUCCACUUAUGAGCUAAAAGAUGAUGCUAUUGAGAUUCUUCCUAGGAGUAAGAAGAUGUGGAACACAUGUGUUCAGUCCACUGCUGCUAAGAUUGGUGCUCCUAUCGCUUUUGAAUCUUGAUUCUUAUAUGAAUGAUAACAAGUUAUAUCUAUAA